UUAAAAAAUGUUGAAAAUUUGAAACUUUGUCAAAAUUGCUUGUCAACUGCAAAAAAGAGCUUUUCUCGUGGCCGCACCAAAAACAUACACAAGAGCGAUAAAAAGCUCCAACAUCUGAAUAUUAUCGAUAUUUUGUUUAAGAAGUACUAAAUAGGUACAUCCCAAGCGCCACAGAUUAAGCUUAAACGACUGGAAAAUUGAAUAUCCAUAGAAAAAAAAUGAAAGCUCUACAGCUUCAUUGGUUUGGUCAAUAGAUGGCGUAUUAAAACUGAUUAUUAUAUUGCUAUCCUUUUCUUGCAAUGUGUUUCGACAAGUUUCUUCUUAUCAUGACCUAUAUAGCCUUCUAACUUUCCGAGCAAAAAUCUAUAUGAAUGGUCGUGUGGUCAGAUACACGGGUAUCAACACCAACGACCAUUACUCAAAUCUCACUUGCUUCAGUGCUGGUGGUUUCCGUUGGAGUUUAGUAUUUAAACAAUCGUAUCGCCGUUCUAGUUCUAGCGAUGCAUAACUUCAAUGCGAAACCAUACAACAGUACAGAGGAAAUGAGAAAGCUCUCCUCCAAGCGAUGAAGCUCAACUGGUUAGGGUAUCCCACCAACAGAGAGCGCCACCAGCUUUUUUGCUAUUUUUAGAAUGCAUGAGUCGUUUGCCGUCUGCUAAACGAAGUCUUUCUAUAUUCCGUUUAGGUAGAGAACUUGAGUCGUUUAGAAGCCGUUUAGUGGUCGUUUAGUGGAUUUGUGGCACUUGGGAUCCCACCAACAGAGAGCGCCACCAGCUUUUUCGCUAUUUUUAGAAUGCAUGAGUCGUUUGCCGUCUGCUAAACGAAGUCUUUCUAUAUUCCGUUUAGGUAGAGAACUUGAGUCGUUUAGAAGCCGUUUAGUGGUCGUUUAGUGGAUUUGUGGCACUUGGGUUUAGAAUGAUCGGUUUAGAAAUAAAGCAUUUCAAAUAACUUUUUUUAUUAUUUUAGCUGCCAACUUCUUCGUAUACAAGCAUCGACCAUACGGUCAACAACAAAGAACAAUACGUGUCCUCUUGCUCUUACAAUGAAGCGGCACUUUUACAUCGAAUUCCUAAUGUACCAAAUCUUAGAAUUACUCCAGUGGUUCUGCAAUCUGAUGCAGUUCUACCGAAUAAACCUAUCGUAUAACAUGCAAGUUUUAUUACAUUUUUUUAUAUUUUCAGUGCCACAAAUUGCUGUAGAAUCUAAUUACCAGCUACGACAACAAACAACGACGCAAACAAACAUCACUGUGCCUGAAGUACAACAUGUUAUACCGACGUCACCAACCGAUUGUUUCAACAACACAGCGACUACUACACACCUAAUACAGGCUAGUCCGGUAGAUGAGGUACAAUAUUUAAAGGGGCAAAUAGAAAUUUACAAAGAGCAGGUUAAAGAUUUGAGGGGUGAAGUAACAUUUUUAAAAGGAGUUAUACAAAAUAAGCUGGACAGAAUUUUGAACAGCACAGCCCGACAAAGGGAAUCCUUUGAAGAGUUGGUGCUUGUUAGUCGCCCUAGGGAAGGGCUUCUUCCAAGAACUGAUUUUGAUUUUACACCUAUAGAUACAGAAGAAAAAUUACAAAAUUUUAACGAGCAGCUUGGCAUAGAUCCAAACUAUAAAAAAGAAAUCUUGCGUUAUUUGCAAAGGCAAAUAUCACGUGCUGACGUAGACAACCGUAUGCACGAUUUAAUAUAUUGUUUAUUUACUAAACCAUUUUUUGCAAGAUUCACAUGGUCUGGCGUAAGUAGGAAUGGAGCACAAAAAAUAGCACUUAAAGUGUACAUACAUAUUUUUAAAUUAUUUCAUAUCAUUGGGGGGAAUGCGCAUAUGCUGCCUUCAGCAGUAUAUGUUGCAGAUUUUUUAAAAAACAACAUCAAACACUCAGGGACACGUAUACAUUUAUCCGAAACUACUAAAACAUCUUCUCACAAAAAAAGAACACUUUAGUUUUUGCCAUUAUGGAAUUAGUUUAAGUUUUAUGAAUUAUUGCAAAUGUUCCUUAUGUGGUAAAAUGUCUAGUUUUAUGUAAUAAAAUUGUCGAAUUCUUUUAUGAAGUAAACCAAAAAGUUUUUUUA